CGGUGCUUUUCAAGAAGUCUCAAGAAAUUUCCGUUUUUGGUUUGCGCGGUUCUCUGCUUAAUGUCAUCUCCAGCUUCCGGGGGUAACUAUUUAAUUUUGUCGCCCUUCGGAUCGCGUUCAGUGCGCGGUGUGUUCAACACGUUGAGCGAAGGCCUCCUCAGUAAAGGCCAUAACGUGACGUUCGUUUCUUCUGGAGAACCAGUGACUCACCACGAGAACAUGACCCAUGUUACGUCACCACACACUGCUUUGGACGAGCUCGACCUGUUCAAAGUCAGGUUCGGGCUGUCGGUGUUCAAAAUCUGGAAGAGAGCGUUUCCAGAAGCAGCUAAAAUGAUGUACGAAAUGAAGGAAAUUAUAGCGCUGUGGAACGACCGCCAUCGGUUCGACGCCAUCAUCAUCAACAGCGCUGCUAACGAGAUGGCACUUCCGUUCCUAUUGAACGUGUCAGCUCCGUUCAUCACGCUGCAGCCAGCUGGCUUGGACCCAUUACAGCUGGCUUACCUAGGGAACCUGGUGUCUCCUGCGACGCUGCCGUCCAUAAUCCUGCCGUACGACAACAACAUGUCGCUGUGGGAGCGUCUGGUCAACACACUCACUCUUGUCGUACUCAAGUAUUCCUUCCACCGCUCAGUGGGCACCCCGCUUAAGAAUGCUCUCAUGUCCAAGUUCCCUGACCUGCCAGACGCGCGGUCCGUCUACCCGACGCAGUCCCUCUCGCUAUUUAACAGUCACCCCCUCAUCGACGGUGCAGUGCCGCUGCUGCCGCUGCAGGUGGAGGUUGGCUGCAUGUCGUGCCGCCCUGCCAGGCCUAUAGAACAUCAGCAGAUGAGAACGUUUCUCUCGCCCAGCGACCCUCGUCCUGUGAUACUCUUCAGCCUCGGAUCCUUCCAGCAGCCAGGGAGGAUCCCCGAGCGGUUCGUGGCGGUUCUGUACGCAGGGUUCGCCGCCCUCCCCCACCUGCGGUUCAUUGCUAAGCUCCCCCCGCCCCCCACCGGCCCCCUCCCCCCCAACGUCUACUUUUCAGACUGGGUUCCUCAGCAAGACGUGCUAGGCCUAGAGGCGACGCGGCUGUUCAUGAGCCACUGCGGGCGGCAGAGCAUCAACCAAGCAAUGUACCACGGCGUGCCCAUCCUCGGUCUGCCCAUCGCAUUUGACCAGCCCAGACACUGCAGGAAACUCGAGCGUAAACGCUACGCCGUUGUCAUGCAGUGGGAGGACAUUACUGUGCCUUUAUUGGUCCAGAAAAUUAGCUAUAUGCUCAGCAACAGCACCGAGCGUGUGCUGAGGGUGUCACGCAGCCUCAAGGCAGAGAAGGAAACAGGCCUGGAGCGUGCUGUGCGUCACGUGGAGCACACAGUGGAGUAUGGCACAGACUUGCUCCAGUUCUCCGGACAACACCUCAGCUUGCUCCAAUAUCUCCUGAUUGACGUGCUCGCCGUUAUUGUCUCUGUUAUUGUUUUGAUCUUUAUUGUCUUGUAUGUCUUCAUUCGUUGUAUCUGGCGAACAGUUUGGGGUAAGCUUAAAAUGGACUGAACAAAAAAGCUCGAGCUCCAAAUACGCUGAAAAAAUGGUUCAUUAUUUUUGUGAAUAAAAUCUCAUUCAAUGGCGACG